AUGGUAGUGAUUACUCGUGCUGCGGCUGCAUAUCAACAGCAACCAUUUAAUACAGAUACUACAAUUGUACCUGAUGCUACAAGCAAAAAGGGCAGUAAAAAGAAGAAAGAAAUAAUUGGUCAAUCUACAUCAUUAUCUAUUACUUUGUCGUCAUCGGAAUCACAUACAAUAACAUCAACAACAGCACCAAUGUCCUUAUUAACAGUUGAAUCAUCUCAUCAUCAAAAUAAUAAUGAUGUUAUUGGUACUAAUGAUUCUGAUCAAUGUAUUGAUUUACCAUCAAUUAAAUAUAAUUAA